AUGAUUCACCCAUUCGCCACGAUUUCAAAAGAAUUACAUGAUCCAUCCAGUUACUUGAAAUCUUCCGCUGGACACAAGAAGCAAUUGCCCAUAGUGAGAGCUGAAAGUGAUCAACUUCAAUUCCCGCAAUUCCGCCCCGCAAACCCUAAACGAACAGCUGUCUAG